CACGCCACACAAUAUUUCACAUUACAACACAUCAUCGUCACACAAACUUUCACAUCAUGGCGGCGGCGGCAUCAGGCAGCAACGGCAACGGGAACAAGUACUUCCACCUGAACGUGGUGGCGAUCGUGACCACCGCCACGGGCCCCAACGGCGGCGCCCCCGUCACCCGCGAGGCCGAGCGCGUGUUCACCCUCCCGCUCGAGCCGAUGCUGAACGAGGACAGCGCGACGCCGUACGUGCGCAAGAUUGUCGAGUCCUUCCUCCCCAUGAAGAUCCCGGACCCCGAGGACAACGUCGCCAUCGUGGACAAGGUCGCCGACGUCGCCCUCCGUCUCUUCGUCGCCCUCGAAGGUGACGAAAUUGACAACAAGAACAACAACAAGACUUCUGCUGGUGGUGGUUCUGGUUCUGGUUCUGGUUCGGCCGGGGCUGCGAGCCUUGGUUUGGAGAGGAGGUGGUUUUACGCCAAGGAUGGACUGCCGAUGACCAAAGUGACGAUCUACGUCGCCCAUGAUGGUUUCGUCUCCGUUGUCGGCGACUUCGAGUCGGAUGACGACGAGGAUGAUACUGAUUCUGAUGAUGAGGAUGGUGAUGAGGAGGAAGAAGGUGUUGAGGCGAUGGAGAAGAAGUAGAAGAUCCAGUGGCUGUUGCCCUAGCGAUGGCCUACGUGCAUGGUGGUGUGCUAUGCUAUUAUUAUUAUUAUCAUCAUUAUUAUUACCUAUGGAAAGACUAUGGCGCUAGUAUUAUGUCUGUUUGUGUCCAAUGAUUCAGUGUUUCGAGAACUGGAAUUUCAUGUUCGGGUCGUCGUUUGUUAUGUGGAACGACUAAUAGUGAUGUUGUUGUUGUUGUUGUCAGUGGUUGGUCACUGUUUAUGUGUAAUGAGAACCGUUAUAUGGUCUGGCUUUUGAUAAUAAGAUGGUCAAACAAUUAUAUUA